UGCUUAGUGAUGAUCAGGAGGGAAACUUCUGAAGUGAGACAACAUAAACCCACUCGCAAGCAAUCCAAUCCAAAUUUUAAUUACCCAAGUUAUGAACUGCCAUUUCAAAGAUUCGGUUUGGACUUUUCAAGCGAACUUACGGAAUCGGCUUGGACUUUUUCUCGAAAUGGAUUAGUGAAAUUGGCUUGGGCUUUCUCUCGAAACAGACUUGCAUUUAACAUUGAAGAAAUGAUUUGCAAAGUCACUAAUUAUAAGGUUCUCAGAGAAUUGCCCUUACAAAGGACUUCCGU